GGCAAAUCCCCUCCCUGUCCUUCUUGCUUCCUGCCCCAGGCCCCGAGCUGAGGACGGAGAGCCCGGAGGACAAAUCCCCCCGUGAGACCCUGGUGGGAGAGGCCGUUUUGAAGGGCUCCACGGCACAGGAAGGCAGCGGGGAGGAAAAGGGCUGGAGAUCCCCCCACAGGAGGGGCUCCAAAGCCAGCCCAGGGUGCUCUGAGGAGGAAAGACCCAGCCUGUGCUGGGAAGGGGACCGGAGCUUGAGGCAGAGCUCCAACCUGGUGGUCCCUGAGCAACCUCCCAGCAGGGAUAAGCCGUUCAGGUGCUUGGAAUGUGGGAAGAGCUUCAGGAAGAGCUCUCACCUGCUCCGACACCAGGACAUGCACACUGGGGCACGUCCCUACACAUGUGGGGAAUGUGGGAAGAGCUUCAGUCAGAACUACCACCUCUGCACCCACCAGCUCAUCCACACCAGGGAACGGCCUUACACGUGUGAGGAAUGUGGGAAGAGCUUCAACCGGAGCUUUCACCUUCGUUCCCACCAGCACAUCCACACUGGAGAAUGUCCUUACACGUGUAGGGAAUGUGGGAAGAGCUUCAGUGUCAGCUCCACCCUCCGUAAACACCAUCGCACCCACACCGGGGAACGGCUCUACAAGUGCUUGGAUUGUGGGAAAAGGUUUCCAACCAACUGGAAUCUCUACAGGCACCAGCGGACACACACGGAUGAGAGGCCCUUCCGCUGCACCGACUGUGGGAAGAGCUUCAACCAGAACUCCCACCUUGUCACCCACCGGCGCAUCCACACCGGAGAGAGGCCCUACAAGUGUGGGGAGUGUGGCAAGAGCUUCAGCCACAGCUCUACCUUGACUAAACACCAAAGGACCCACCAAUAAAAGAAGCCCUACGAGUGCUCCAACUGCAGGAAGAGCUUCAGCUGCUGCUUCCACCCCGAAUGAACUCCCUGAUGGUGAGGCAACCCCUGGAGUCCAGUGACUGUCAGUCCAUGCCUUUCGACCAGAAAGGGCCAGUCCCCUUUCUCAGGGACAGCUUCUUCCAACAGAACCCUUCCAGGGGGGGUGUGUGGAGAUUCCUGCCUUGGCUGGCGAUCUCCCCCCAAGGUCACUGCUGGAGGUUGAGAGCAGAGAUCUCCCCACGAGCGUUGGUCUGGGGGAGUUCCAUCCAUCUCUAAUUAAGAAUUAUUGCUGUUGUGCCAGCUUUAGGAGAAUUGCUUCAACAAUUGCUUUAGUGUAGAGCACUGUCCUAUCUUAUCCUGUACUCCUGGUAGUUUUAGUGUUUCUAUUGUGCAGCAAAUAAUUCUGAUGAAGAUCUUUUGUCAGAUCAUUUGUAACUCUAAAUAAAUUCCUUUCUAUCAA